UAGAUAAUUACACAUUUUUAGGAGAUAAUUAGAAAAAUCAGAAUUCUCUGUACCUUCCAAAUCCCAAAUUCAUAAUUUUUUUUUUCAAUUUUCCAUAUUUUCUUAAGCUUUUGUUUAAGGAAACUUGUUUAUUUUGAUCCAUGGCUUCUCGAAGACGCAUGCUCCUAAAGGUGAUCAUCCUCGGCGACAGUGGGGUGGGGAAAACAUCGCUGAUGAACCAGUAUGUGAAUCGAAAGUUUAGUAAUCAGUAUAAGGCGACAAUUGGAGCAGAUUUUCUCACAAAGGAGAUCCAGUUUGAAGAUAGGUUGUUCACCUUGCAGAUUUGGGAUACUGCUGGGCAAGAGAGGUUUCAAAGUCUUGGUGUGGCUUUCUAUCGUGGUGCAGAUUGCUGUGUUCUUGUCUAUGAUGUGAAUGUUAUGAAAUCAUUUGAUAAUCUUAACAACUGGCGUGAAGAGUUUCUGAUUCAGGCAAGUCCAUCAGACCCUGAAAACUUUCCAUUUGUGGUCCUGGGGAACAAGAUAGAUGUUGAUGGAGGGAAUAGCCGGGUGGUUUCUGAGAAGAAAGCAAAGGCAUGGUGUGCUUCUAAGGGAAACAUACCAUACUUUGAGACAUCUGCAAAAGAAGGAUUCAAUGUUGAUGCUGCUUUCCAAUGUAUAGCCAAAAACGCACUCAAGAAUGAACCUGAAGAAGAAAUAUACCUGCCUGACACAAUUGAUGUUGCAAGUGGUGGACGGCAGCAAAGGUCUUCAGGUUGUGAAUGUUAAAAGAAUUCUUUAAUGCUCUUUGUUCCUUGGAUUCCGUACGUGCUUAAAAUUACUGACUUAUAAGUUAGGUGUCCAUUUUAACAACAAUGAAUGAUACAGGGUUGGGUUUAUUCUAUUUUGUAUCAUAAAGAAAAAGGCAUUUCGCCAUUUUCUUUUACCAAACACCCAUUCUGAAAAAGUAUUAAUUCACUAGACACUAAUGGGUGUUUGGUAAAAGAAAAAGUAUUGAAAGAAAUUGGUUUCUGAAAAUCA